UUUGAAUAUAAUUUUAGAUUUAGAGUGAAAUCAAGAGAAAAGCACUUUAGAAGCCUGGAAAGCUCUUGCAGUGGCAACAGCAAAAGGGAGAGAGGUUGUGAGCGAUCACACGCGAUUACAUUAAGACAAUUUUUGACAGCGCAGGUUGGGCAAGGACGGAGCAGGGGGAGCAGCCCCCGAUACUGGUCCUCCCUUACCUUUUUCCUCUCUCCCCCCCGCUUCCCUUCUUCUUUGAUCCCUAAACUGGCACUCGAGCUGCAGCGGCGGGGCCGGGGGCGAGGCGGCUGGUGCAGGAGCCCGGCUCCAGCUCUCCGGCGCCCAGCGCGGCCGUAGCCCGCCGCAGCCCCGCUCCAAACUCGCGUCCCGGGGCAGCGCCGGGGCGGCCGCGCCGCUGCCCCCGCCUCGGCAGCGCCCCGGUGCCCGGCCCGGCGCCUCGCCCGCCCCGGAGCCGAGAGCGGCGGCUGGAGGGGGAGAGCCCCAAGGAGCCGGAGCGGCGGCGGCGGCGGCCGCCCUCGGCGCCCGGGACAAUGGUGCUGGACAAGGAGGACGGCGUGCCGAUGCUCUCCGUACAACCCAAGGGGAAGCAGAAGGGCUGCGCCGGCUGCAACCGAAAGAUCAAGGACCGGUACCUGCUGAAGGCUCUGGAUAAGUAUUGGCAUGAAGACUGUCUAAAGUGUGCCUGCUGUGACUGUCGUCUUGGAGAGGUUGGAUCAACUCUUUACACAAAAGCAAAUCUCAUUCUCUGCCGCAGAGAUUACCUGAGGCUCUUUGGUACCACCGGGAAUUGUGCUGCCUGCAGUAAACUGAUCCCUGCCUUUGAGAUGGUGAUGAGGGCCAGAGAUAAUGUUUACCAUUUGGACUGCUUUGCCUGUCAGCUCUGCAACCAGCGAUUCUGCGUGGGAGACAAAUUUUUCCUGAAGAACAACAUGAUCUUGUGUCAGAUGGACUAUGAGGAAGGGCAGCUGAACGGGAGCUUCGAGUCCCAGGUUCAAUAACAGCCCCUGCUUUGCUGGAGCACUGUGGGAUGGGCGCUUGGCCGCACGAGCAGCGAGGGCGUCUGUCAGCUUGCCUGCAAUAUUUUUUUAAUUCUUGGUCCAGAGAGGACUAUAUACAUUGUAGUACUUUUCCCCCCCAACACAAAGCAGUUACAAUUUUAGAUGUACAGUUGUGCCUGCUUAGCUGAGCACUGCAUUGCCUGUAUGUUUGUGAGUUUUUGGGGUCUGGGGGAGGGCUCUGUACAGUCUGUUUUCUGUAUAUAAACUGGAACAUUUAUUUUAUGAAAAAUGUAAUGCAAUUUUAUUACUGGUGUGAAUUAAAAAUUAUGAAUGUUUCCUGGUCAUCUUUGCCGUGGUUUCUUCCCUGUGUGGCAAAAGCCUGUAUUUCCUGUGCUUUAGCUGAGCAGACUGUUGGAAACAUGUAUAUAGCUCCCUGGAAACUGCAUGAAUCACAGCAGAGGCAGGUUCUCUCGUAAUAACUGGGGGAAAUGCUGCUGCGGGGUUGUGGAGACUUCCAUCCAACCACCUGCUUCCCUGUAUAAUGGGGGAGAAUGAGCUGGGGGCAGGUGGUGGCUGGGAACCAUCGGCAUGGCUGGCAGGGCUGCUGUGCCAUGCUGGGCUGCUGGCUGAGAGGCUCCUUGUGGAUUCAGACAGAGCAUUGCCAUGGAAUUCCUGCUGGCUGCCUGAUCCGGUGCCUCCAGUCUGGGCUGCGAGGAACAGGCUCCCUGCAGCCCUGCCAACAGGUGCCUGGGCAUUGAUCAGAAUAUUAAUUUCAAGGCUUUGCUAGGCGGUGGGAUUUUCCCUUGGGGCAUCACUUGUCCAGGUCAGAGCUGCUGCGAGAGCUGAUGUCAGGGCUGGGACGUGACUGGGCGCUGAUGCAGCAGAUCCCUGCUCCCAGCCCUUUUUGCUUACUCUGUGCCAGGUGCUUUGACCUCCCACGAAAUAAAAAUGAUCAGAUUUGAAGCAUCUCCUGGAGAAAAAAUUCUGAACUGUGUUCCUGCUGCGACGCUUUGUGCAAUGAUUUUCAAGGUUAUGCAAUUCAUGUGCAACCCACUGGACUGUAUCAAACACAUUUCUUUGUAUAGUGAGUGUCACUUUAAUAUAGUGCACCAGUAGCUGUAAAGGAUGGCUGCAAUUCUAUUUAUUUUGUCUUCUUGCUUUUUCUUAGAUUUACCCCCCUUUCCUUUAAUAAAUAGACACCGAGUA